AUUUCCCAGAGUCCUUCUCACUAGCGGCCGUAAAGCGCGGUGGUCGAACGGCCGGUUCCGGCUGAAUGUCAGUGCGGGGCUGUGGGCCGGGGAGGAAGGUGGUUGGCGGUCUCUUUACCGCCUCCGCUGGAGCUGCGGCCGCGGGCGCCAGGCCGCUCGGCCGCUGGGGCAUGAGACCGUGAGGCGAACGCCGGGCCGGGGCCGCCGACAUGUUUGGCCGCUCGCGGAGCUGGGUGGGCGGGGGCCAUGGCAAGUCCUCCCGCAAUAUCCAUUCUUUGGACCACCUCAAGUAUCUGUACCACGUGUUGACCAAAAACACCACAGUCACAGAACAGAACCGGAACCUGCUGGUGGAGACCAUCCGUUCCAUCACCGAGAUCCUGAUUUGGGGAGAUCAAAAUGACAGCUCGGUGUUUGACUUCUUCCUGGAGAAGAACAUGUUCGUUUUCUUCUUGAACAUCCUGCGGCAGAAGUCAGGCCGCUACGUGUGUGUCCAGCUGCUGCAGACCUUGAACAUCCUCUUUGAGAACAUCAGUCACGAGACCUCACUGUAUUAUUUGCUUUCUAACAACUAUGUGAAUUCUAUCAUUGUCCAUAAAUUUGACUUUUCUGAUGAGGAGAUUAUGGCAUACUACAUCUCGUUCCUGAAAACCCUUUCCUUAAAGCUCAACAACCACACCGUCCAUUUCUUCUACAAUGAGCACACCAAUGACUUUGCCCUGUACACAGAAGCCAUCAAGUUUUUCAACCACCCCGAAAGCAUGGUUAGAAUUGCUGUAAGAACCAUAACUUUGAACGUCUAUAAAGUGUCAUUGGAUAACCAGGCCAUGCUGCACUACAUCAGAGAUAAAACUGCUGUCCCUUACUUCUCCAACUUGGUCUGGUUCAUCGGGAGCCACGUGAUCGAACUUGAUAACUGUGUGCAGACUGAUGAGGAGCACCGGAAUCGGGGGAAGCUGAGUGACCUGGUGGCUGAGCACCUGGACCACCUGCACUAUCUCAACGACAUCCUGAUCAUCAACUGCGAGUUCCUCAACGAUGUGCUCACUGACCACCUGCUCAACAGGCUCUUCCUGCCGCUCUACGUGUACUCCCUGGAGAACCAGGACAAGGGAGGAGAGCGACCGAAGAUCAGCUUGCCCGUGUCUCUCUAUUUGCUAUCUCAGGUCUUCCUAAUUAUCCAUCACGCACCACUGGUGAACUCGUUAGCUGAAGUCAUUCUCAAUGGUGAUCUGUCUGAAAUGUACGCCAAGACUGAGCUGAAUGUUCAGAGAAGCUCUGCCAAGCCCAGCAUUCGGUGUUUCACUAAACCUCCCGAGACACUGGAACGGUCCCUUGAGAUGAACAAGCACAAGGGCAAGAGGCGGGCACAAAAGAGACCCAAUUACAAAAACGUUGGGGAGGAAGAAGACGAGGAGAAGGGGCCCACUGAGGAUGCCCAGGAAGAUGCCGAGAAGGCUAAAGAGAUCGAGAUGGUGAUCAUGGAGCGGAGCAAGCUCUCGGAUCUGGCCACUGGUUGCUCUGUGCAGGAGCAGAACACCACGGACGAGGAGAAGAGUGCUGCAGCCACGAGCCGCGAGAGCCUGCAGUGCAGCAGACCUUUCUUGGAUAUGGUGUACCAUGCCCUGGACAGCCCAGAGGACGAUUACCACGCCCUCUUUGUGCUCUGCCUCCUCUACGCCAUGUCUCACAACAAAGGGAUGGACCCUGAAAAAUUAGAGCGAAUCCAGCUGCCGGUGCCAAAUAUGGCUGAGAAGACCACCUACAACCACCUGCUGGCCGAGAGACUCAUCAGGAUCAUGAACAACGCUGCCCAGCCAGAUGGGAAGAUCCGGUUGGCGACACUAGAGCUGAGCUGCCUGCUCCUGAAGCAACAAGUCCUGACCAGCUGCGGCUGCAUCAUCAAGGAUGUGCACCUGGCCUGCCUGGAGGGUGCGAGGGAAGAAAGUGUUCACCUGGUUCGGCAUUUUUACAAGGGAGAGGAAAUUUUUUUGGACAUGUUUGAAGAUGAAUACAGGAGCAUGACAAUGAAGCCCAUGAAUGUGGAGUAUCUCAUGAUGGAUGCCUCCAUCCUGCUGCCCCCGACAGGCACGCCGUUGACGGGCAUUGACUUCGUGAAGCGGCUGCCAUGUGGCGACGUGGAGAAGACCCGGCGGGCCAUCCGGGUGUUCUUCAUGCUGCGAUCCCUGUCGCUGCAGCUACGAGGCGAGCCUGAGACCCAGCUGCCGCUGACUCGGGAGGAGGACCUGAUCAAAACCGAUGACGUCCUGGAUCUGAACAACAGCGACUUGAUUGCAUGCACAGUGGUCACCAAGGAUGGUGGCAUGGUCCAGCGCUUCCUGGCUGUUGACAUCUACCAGAUGAGCUUGGUGGAACCCGAUGUGUCCAGGCUGGGUUGGGGAGUGGUCAAGUUUGCAGGUCUUCUACAGGACAUGCAGGUGACUGGUGUGGAGGAUGACAGCCGCGCCCUCAAUAUCACCAUCCACAAGCCAGCAUCCAGCCCCCACUCCAAGCCCUUCCCCAUCCUUCAGGCCACCUUCAUCUUCUCGGACCACAUCCGCUGCAUCAUUGCCAAGCAGCGCCUGGCCAAGGGCCGCAUCCAGGCACGCCGCAUGAAGAUGCAAAGGAUAGCUGCCCUCCUGGACCUCCCAAUCCAGCCAACAACUGAAGUCCUGGGAUUUGGCCUUGGCUCCUCCACUUCCACCCAGCACCUGCCUUUCCGCUUCUAUGACCAGGGCCGCCGGGGCAGCAGCGACCCCACGGUCCAGCGCUCAGUGUUCGCGUCUGUGGACAAGGUGCCAGGCUUCGCCGUGGCUCAAUGCAUAAACCAGCACAGCUCACCUUCCCUGUCCUCACCAUCGCCACCAUCCGCCAGCGGGAGCCCCAGCGGCAGCACCAGCCACUGCGACUCAGGAGGCGCCAGCUCAUCCUCCACCCCCUCCGCCGCCCAGAGUCCAGCAGAUGCCCCCACGACUACAGAACAGCCUCAGCCACACCUUCCUGACCAGCUGGUGAUCGUCAAUGAAACAGAAGCCAACUCCAAGCCCAGCAAGAGCUUGGCCAGGGGCACAGAAGUGGAGACAGCCCACCUGUCCCCCAGCCUGCUCCCCGCACAGCAGCCCACCAUCUCCCUGCUCUAUGAAGACACCACCGACUCGCUGAGUGUCGACUCGCUGACCCUCGUGCCACCUGUUGACCCUCACAGCCUCCACAGCCUCACGGGCAUGCCCCUACCUCCCGUGCCCGCCACAGGGUGCAUUGCAGCCCAGGAUGAGGAGGCUGCGUGCACUGAACACUAAGUUGGCACCAGGAUCUCUCCUGGUGCGUGUGGCCCCACUGGUAGGGACCCCAGUGCAGGCAACCAGCAAGACCCCGGGGGAACACCCACAAGCCUGCACAGCUGCAUCACCUCUCCCGUGCCCCUCACAUUCAAGACAGCGUGCUCAGCACUGGAUUUCUUUCUCAUUGUGCACAUCUGCAGGAACAGGCUUGUGCAGCUAAGUUUGGCAGUGGUGAUGGCUACAGCUCAGAGCUGACAGCCCCGGGGGCAGGACCCACCGGCACCCCCACUCCCUCCAGGCCUCUUGUGUCCCAGCCUCCGUGGGCCCAGGAGGACCCGGCUCAGAAGCUGAUAGAAAAGUGCAUAGACCAACAUCUCCUUUGGCUAUUUAUUUCUGCCUUUGGCAAUAGGUGAAACAUGAUUAUUUAAAAAGCAUCCAUGUGGGAAGAAGUCCAAAAAAAACCCAACCCCACAGUUUGAUGCUGUGUUAAAAGUGUAAUAAUACUGUUAAGAUUUUGUUUUUGUUUUCCCUUGAACUUCCAAUAUUUUUCCCCUGUAGAGUUCUCAGCAUAACUUCCCCCAUUUUAAAAACUGGUUCUUUUUAUCUCCAUGUUGCUCCCUAACUCUGCAACCCUGUGGAACAUCUAAGUACCUUGCUGAAAAGUUCAGAUGCUCUUUGAACCAAAAGUUAGGGAGACACCCGCAUUCUCAGGUA